CUCGUUCAGUUGUCCGUUCCUUUCCUCUUGUUGUUGCUUUCCGGAAGCUUCGAUCUCGCAAUGGCGGCGACGUCGAGUGAAGCGGGGCUGUACGGGAUCAAGACGCAGCUGUUGAUUCCUGGGGCGAAGGCCGCGGCGGCGGUGAAGUUCUACGGAGACGCUUUCGGUGCGGAGGAGCUUCGGCGGGUGUCGUACCCGAAGCGCAAGCGCAACCUUCCACGCAUCAUCUCCUCCGAGCUAAAGAUCGGUUCCUCUGUUCUGCUCGUCAGCGAUCGAUUUGACGAAGGAGGCGAGGAAGGAUCUGCGGCAUCCUUCGGCGGGAUCGCGAUCUGGAUCGAAACUGAGGACGUAGAUGAGGCGGUAAAGAGGGCGUUAGCUGCCGGUGCGGAGCUCGUUAGCGAAGUGGCGGAGCACCACAAUGGCGUCUUCGGGAAGGUGAAGGACCCGUACGACGUUGUCUGGGUCAUUGAAUCCGUGCCGAAGAACUUCAAACCCAAAAACUGAUUUGCCCUAGCCGAUUCACUACCUCAUCAUAUGAAAUAAUAGCAAGCACUUUGGAUUUGCUACAUCAAGGUUGAUGAUCAAAUCAUUUCCUAAAUUUUUCGAUUCGCCUAAACAUUCUUCUUCUGCAAGAGUAUAUACUUUGUGAUUUGGGAAACUCUAAUCAGAUUGCGGCCAUUUUGAGUUGUUCUUCGCUUAA